CGAUGAAGUUGAAGAUCACAUGUGAUGGAAGUACAUAGUCCUAUUUUCACGUAAAUCAAAGAAAAACAGAAACAUCAAAAAAUGUAAGUACCUCUAGCGCGCUAGCGCUUCUACUUAUUUCUUUGAUGUCUGAACCUGAAGAACACGAAGUAGUGAAGUAGGGGUCCUUCGUGAGUGAUUUGAGUCUAUCAGUAUUACUUCCGUCGAAUGGUCUAAUUGUAUUCUAGUAUUACUACGCAAUAGCAAGAAAACAAGAUGGGGAAGCACACGAAGAAGACGAAGCUCACGAAGAGCGAGAAGCGGGAGAAGCUUCAACAGGAGCAGAUGCAGAAGAUCAAGGAACUGCAGGAACUCGAGCAGAGGGUGCAGUACUUGUACAUACAAAACAAGAAGAUCGAAGCCAGAAUCGCACGCUAUCAGAGGUACUACUGGUCAAGUUCUUGUCUGCUUGGACAAGAACCCAACCUCGCAUUUUUUUCUGUCUGUGGGAUGUUCACAAACACAAAGAAUCGCAAAAUUUUCUUUCAGGAUGAAGCAAGCUUCCGUUUACUCGGCGGCGCAUCUGCAGCAGAUGGAAGGCGACAAACCGGCAGUGUACAAGCAUUACGGACGGGCGUUUUUUCUCUCGACUUACGACGACAUUCAGGACGAUUUGGAGUCAAAAAUCAAGGAGGCCGAGGAGCAGCUGCCGCAGCUGACAAACAUCAAGCUGCAAUUUGACCAGCGACUGAAAAACGAAUCUGCCAACAUGAUGCAGCUGCAAAAGGACUUCAUGAAGCUGGGCAUGCGGAUGUAGUUCUUGAUGCUGGCGGGCGAAAGAUUAUAUGGCGUUGCUGAAAAAGAAAAAGUUGUUAACCUGAAAAGGUGAUGCGCGUACCCGCGAGGUUUGCAUUAGCUGGCGGCGUAUUUUUUCUGCUGAAGAUCAGAUGAGGACACAAAUGGUUUUUUUCAGGAACACGCAGAUCAAAAAUCAAAAGGCUUUGUGAAAAU